AUGUCAUGUGUAACUUGACUCCAUCUGUUGAAUGUCAGUUACUGAAGCAGCAGCACUGCGCAGCAGCACUGCACAGCAGUUCCUACUGACUUUCCCACAGGGAGGCUCAUGGAGUUUUUGGGACAACCAAAACCGUCCGGGGCCUGCAACUUCUUAGAAGUUCCAGGCUUCAGCUCCUUGGAUGUUGACGAUGACGACUGUGAGGUGGUAAUCGGCAUCAGGCCCAAAUCUUCUCCUCUUCCGCGGAGAAAGGCCUCUGUCUCUGAUGAGGACUCAGAUCCUGAGCCUCCCCUGUGUGGUUCCAGGAGAGUAUCCUUUGCAGAUGCAAAAGGCCUCAGUUUGGUGCAGAUUAAGGAGUUUGACCAGUGGGACACACCCAAUCUUCAAGGCUAUGAAUCAGCCGAUGGUGACGGUAAAGAUGCAGAUGAAUACUUCCUUUUGCUUCUGUUCUGUCUUCCAUUGUCUUCUGAAGAGCUUUGCAUGAAAGUUAUCCAGCAGAAAUUGGAGUUGGAGAACAUUGAGUUAGUUCCAGGGACCACAAUACUGAAAGGUGUCAUUCGUGUCCUCAACAUCUCCUUUAUUAAAACUGUAUACGUGCGAACCACUUUGGACAGUUGGCGCAGCCACUUUGACCUUCUGGCGGAAUACAUGCCCGGAUCAAGCGAUGGAGAGACGGACUGUUUCUUGUUUAAGCUCAUCUUAGUGCCUCCAUUUAAUGAACAAGGAAUAAGAGUAGACUUCUGCCUGCGGUAUGAGACACCUGUGGGCAUAUUCUGGGCCAACAACAACAACAGGAACUAUUCACUGUUUUGUCACAAGAAAACUAAAGAGCUGAAUGAGAAAUCCCAAAAGGAAAAUAUCAACAAGAAAAGCUGCCUUAAGCCUGUCAGUCAGAACUUAACAACAGCUGAAAACCUGACAUCUGUGGAAACUUCUCCAUCACAGGAUGAUAUUUUAAAAGAUGUGUCAAAUCACUGUGAGGAACAGGGCGGUAUGAAAACCAAACAAAUCUCUGAAUCUCAGCCAGGAGCCUCAGAUGAAGAAGGACAGGGGUUACGGAUCGAGAGGACAAUGACCUGCAGCCAGAAAAGUCACCAAAAACCUGCACAGGUGGCACAGGUGAUGGACGACUUUUCUCAAAGAGAUGGAGUAGAAAAUGACAGCAGAAGUGAUUUACUACUUCCUGAAGUGCAACAAGUUCCCCAAGAAGAAAAGCUCAUAGAUAAACACUCAGAUAUCAAACCCAUUUGUGGGAAAAGGGUUACAUCACUAGGUGCCCCGUUUGUUUCGGAGCUUCUGGCAACAUGCAGAAGAAAACACCUCAAUAUACAACAGGAUACUCCACCAGAACAGGCCUGCAACUCAACCAAGAAGGUGGAGAAAUCUGAGGGUGUGAAUUCAUUAAUGGGUGAGUGGAGUGAUGCAGAUACCCCAAAAAGUCCAUAUCACCAAAAUACAAACACUGCUGCCCCUAAACAUGAGGAGGUCACACAAGACAUGAGUUGUGAUCACAGAUCAGGAGAAGGUGACAAUGUAAUUUCACCAAGAAGCCGUGAUGAGAGCAGCUUGACAUUAGCUCCCCUCUAUCCUCAGGUGUUUGGCAAGACAGGAGGUGGAAAUCAGAGCUCAAGUGUUUCGGGAAGCCCACCCAGGGACUUCUCACCUGCUCAAAAUGAAAGACAAGAGAGCAGCUCUGCUAUUUUUGCUCCCAGUAGCAGUAAGAGUGUCAAAACUCAGACUGAGGAAUCAAACAGAGAAUGUUUAGAUGACGCUUUUCAUCUCCCUGCAAAAAUGGAAUUGAGUCCUCAUUGUCCACCUGAUUUAUUGUCUACACAACUCUCCACGUGGCAUCUCAAGGGGAACACACCAGAAGACCAUCUGACACAUGACCUCCAUCAAGGAUCGGCAGCAGAAGCAGCACAAACAAAGCUACCAGAGCUCAUAGGUUCCAAAUGCCAAAUGAUUUCACUGAGUGACAUGCAUGCGGUCGGUCUGCAAACAUCUCCUCUGUCUCCUCAGAGUAUGUCCGUGCAUGUUUGCUCUAAGACACACAGAAAGAGCUGCGAAGAAGCAGAUUACUGCAAACCAGAUGAAGAGAAGAACAGUUCAACAAUCAGUCUUUUAGAAAAUGAGAAUCUGUUUGAGGAUUUGCACAGAGUGGAUCCUAAUGAGGUAAGUCAUUUGGAAAUGGUAAAGGAAAAGGAUCCUGAUGUCAAAAGAUGUGAAACAUCCCCAGAGGCUAUGGAAGAAAGUCACGUUUUGUCAAAAAGAAGUGAAGAUGACACAAAUUCAGUUCCCGUUGACACCAAAGCAAGAAUGGAAAUGGAAAAUACAAAGUUUGAAAUGACACAAACAGUCCUAACGGAAGUUUAUAGCUCAGUGGACACCACCGAGGAAUUUCCAAACACCUGGGAAAGCAUGGUUGAAGAUGAGGAAAAGGGAAUAAAGUCAAUAAUCAUAAACACAACAGAAAAAGAUAAGAGUGAGGAAGGAAAAGUCACUGAAGGGUUUGAGAAGGAGAUAUGUGCAGAGAGCAAAGACGAUUUAGACGAUAAUGACAUGGUGCAAGAAGGAGAAACCGGAAAUAUUGCAUUGGACAACAAAAAGGAAGAUGUCCAAAAGACAACGGGGCAUAGUAAAGGGGCAGUGAAAGAAAUUUCCGUGAUGUUGGAGGGCUGUGUUCAGAGGAUAGAAGAAGAGGAGAUAAAGGAGGAGGUUUUAAUAAGGGGAGAGAUGAGCAGGGGAGGUGAAACAUAUCAGGUAGAGCCAAAUUACGAGGAGGAAAUGCCCUGUGAUGAAGCGAGAGAGACCGCUGCAUCGGCGGGUGUGGUGACAGAGGACAGAGAAAAUAAAGUGGGAAGUUGGGAAAACAGUUCAGAUGAUGACGGUUUAUCCGCUCUGAUGAACAACGUGCAUCAGGAGCGCAUGGAAGACACAGUCAUCGACGAAGAAAAUACACAGGAGAAUUUUUCACAUGACCCACCAAAAUUGGCGGAAUACACGAACCGUGCAGAGGAGGCAGCGUGCCUUUCAACAAAUGAACCUGAAAGCGACCGAACAGAGGAGGACAGCACCUCCACGGAGUCCGUGUCAGAUGACGAGGUGGAGCUGUAUAUGCACUGCUUGCGGGCCUUCCACACCAACAAUCGGGAGAAAGAUGUCCAUCCUAAUGUAGCCAGAAUGCCGUCUGCAUGCAGAGGCAAAGUGUCUACGCCCAUGCCAUCCAUCAGUGAGUCACAGGAUGAGGAGAAGCAUCUCUCUGACCUUCUGGAGGAGCAUGAAGACAUGGAGACAGCAGCCGAGGCCUCCAGUGAAGAGAGCAGCCUCAGCAACAAAGCGUCACGGUGGCACGACACACUUUCUUGCAGCAAUGUCGCAAAAACUUUACUGUAUGUCACCUUGUGUGUAAUAUUCUUAGUUGUGUCGCACCAUUAUGAUUUUCUUGCCUGUUUAGGUCUGUACCUGAUAACACUGAUUUGGCUCUGUUUUCGAGAAGAAAAACAACCUGUUAGUGGUGACAAGAUUGGUUAACCCCUGCUAAAAGAAAGACAGAAAGAAAGGAAAGACUA